CCAAUCGGAAGGCAGCGCGCGCCGCUCGGAGCCCCGGGGAGCGGCUUUUGACAAGGGAGAAAAGCCUCGGGGCCAGAAGCGAAGCGCGGACCUUUAUAAGGCUAUUCGAGGCGUCGCCAAGGAGACGGAGAUUCGAGAACCCUCCGGCCUCCCCCCACCCACCACCACGCCCAAGAUCGCUCGUUGCUACGGCGACGCCCGGGUUCUAGAAGCGAACCGCGUUGCCUGAGCAGAGCGGGGCUUUGGAUGUUCCAGAACGCUUGCAAGGAAGGGCGGUCCGGCUUCGCUGCCGGGCAAACCGGAGAGACGAGAAAUCUGCAGCUUUUUGUGGCCGGCCGGUAUAAAUUCGAAUUCAUUUCCAGGAUCUUCAACCUGCUGGAGAAAGCCGAGGCGGUUUCGAUCCGGUCCCUCGAGAUCUGCAUCCUCCCUUUCCCGAGGAAGAUGCUCGAAGAAGCCCGGCGGGGCUGAUUUCCACGAACUCGGGACCUGCGGGGUAGUUUUCCCUGCCGUGGAAACCUGCAGAAGUGGGGGAAGGAAAAAAAAAAAAAAAGACUUCAGGCAAGAAUUCCCAUGGCUGGUUGCAGACACGGGUGUUUUGCACUCACAAUGCGGGUCAGGAGUCAGUCUGACUCGAAAUUGCUCUCGAGGAACUAAUUGUUCUUAAAACGUCUUGCGACGCGUGUCACGCAACGCAUGUCAUGCAAACCUUGGUGGUCUUGCAACGCGUGUCAUGAUGAGAUGAAAGGGGCUGCAUGACUGAAGAAGCCUUAUUUUCUUCUUCUUCUUCUUCUUCUUUGCAGUUAAAUCAAUUGGGGUUAAUCAAGGAAGCUCUGCUGAUGGAAGGAUCCCGGACUGCCCACCCCUCACCCACCCGCCUUCAGGUUGCUGGCUUGUCACAGCGGAAAGUCAACUUGCCGGCUUGCAGGUGGAGUGACUGAACCCUGCCUUGGACCUGCUUUGUCACCUGACACCACUGCCUUUGGAUUGAGGGAGACCUAGCCAUGCUUUCUGAAGCUCUGCCCUGCUUCCAGUUACUCCGGAUGGGCCCGGCCUCUUCUGGGGAUUUGCCAAACCGGGAUCUCUACACUUUCCGACCUGCCAAGCCCAGCUGCAUUUAUCGUCUGGGUCGCCGUGCUGAAGUUUGUGAUGUCAUUCUGGUGUCCGAACAGAACCCAGCCUUGAUCUCCCGGGUCCAUGCGGAGAUACACGCAGAACGGGAUGCUGACAGCAUGGCGGGGGAGUGGCGAGUUGGCCUGGUGGACUGCAGCAGUUAUGGUACAUACAUCAAUGCUCUCCGCAUGUCCCAUGGCCAGCGGGUAGAUCUGAACGAUGGAGACCUUCUGACUUUCGGACAUUCCAGCCCGGUGCCCGAGGGUUGCGUGUUGCCGCCGCCGCACGGCAACUCCGAGUUUUAUUUCCUCUUCCAGAAAGUCCGUGUUCGGCCGCAAGACUUUGCAGCUAUCACCGAACCCAAAGCCCCGUGGGCUUCUUCCUCUGGUUUCCGGCCGGUGUUGCCUUCCGACAACCAUCGCAUCCAUCCCCUAUCCCGUCAUUCGCCCACCUCCCUCUCGUGCCGCCCCAAAGCCACCCUCAUCCUCAGCUCCAUCGGCAGCCUUAGCAAGCUGAAACCCCAUCCCUUCACUUUCUCUUUGAGUCGGAGCCGAUGCACGGAUCCUCCCGCCCAGCCGAAACCGUCCCGCAAUCGACGUAAGUCGGCUCACACGGUGCUUCCUGAACUUGAGGAUGAAAUCGCACGUCUGGAAGAGGAACAGCCACCCCCAGAUAAGGAGCAGCGCUUGGGAACUUACCGGUGUUGCCCGAGUAGCAAUUUGAGGCUCCAGCAAAGAGUGCAGGAAGGGAGCAAAAGCCUCCAGGAAGAUAUAGAACCAAAGCUUCAUAUCACACCGAGUGGGAAGCGUCGUGGUCGGCCUCGGAAGAAUCCUUUGGGAAGCGCCGGCCAAGUUUUCUCCCAGACUCUUUCUUCCCUGGAGCCAUGUGCGGCUCCCCGGUGCCGCCUUCCCCAGGAUGAGAUGGUGGAGUGGGUCCAGUGCGAUGGCUGCGAUGCCUGGUACCACGUAGCUUGUGUGGGCUGCAGUUACAGUGUGGUCAAAGAGGCAGAUUUUAGAUGUGUUGCCUGCCGUUCGUAAUGCCAGAUAAUUCUCCUCAGAAAACAAGUCCCAUCAGAGACCGAAAAGAAUUUUUUUUAAAAAAUAAGAUCCCUGAUGGACGCAUGUGGACUACUGAAAAUUUGCACAGGGUAAGCCUUUCUUCAAAGAGAAAGAAGCAGAUAUUGAAUAGGGUGAACUGCGGAUUCGUGCAGAGGAAACCUUUGAGCAACCUUUGACACGUAAAAGGAGACAGACUCCUAAAGUUAUCAGUCCCGUUUCUUUGGGAAUCAUUGCCUUGCUGAGAACAUGCCAAGGAAGCGUUGGUGGGAAUGUAUCAUGCUGCAAAUUGCUACCUGGUGACUCUCUGAAGAAGGUCAGUGAGAGGCCUGGAGAUCAAUAUGGAAUAGACCUUCGGUGCAGAGUCCCCCACUCCUGGAAUCUUUUCAUUUUUGAAAUUUUUCAAAACCUUUUUCAUUUUUGAAAACAUUUUCGUUUUUGAAGCGUGCGGGGAAGAACCAUCCGUAUGUCAGUUGACUUGCGCAACGAAUUCAUAAAACAGCCGAAUAUUGUCAAAGAUCAGAUUGGCACCAACUUUCUGAUCGCACCAAAUGGUCUGCUCACCAUCAGUGCCUUACAACAGGGAGAAAGAAGGCUGUUGUGUGAACAACCAGCUGCUUCCUGGAGGGGUCAACGGUGGUUCAAAACACAAAAGAAGCAACUUGGGAAGGCAGCUCCAAGAAUUGCGUCUCCAGAUUUGAGAUUUGGGGCUCUUCAAAUCUUCACUAAGUUCAUAUACAGUACGGGACGAUUUUUCAAGAACAGGAAUUUAUUUGAAGGAGUGACACCUUCUUCUCUCUCUCUGUUUGUCAAGCCUUUGGGGUGGGCGAGAUGGCAGGUGAAAAAGCAAGCAUGGAGUUCAAAGAUGAAGAAUUAAAUGAAAAAAAAACAACAACGAUAACCCACGAGUUCUAAAUUCCAGACAGAUGAACGGGGGCUUGUAUUCGAAUUGAUGAAGCCAGGGCUGGUACCGUUCACCAUCUGCUUUGUCCGUAUUUAAAGCGCGUAUGUUUGCUUGACUGUUACACCAAAAGCAACUAGGAAGGAAAUAUUUUCCAUCCUCUUCACUUUUCACCCUUUUGUUUUCGCCUCCCAAAACCGGGCUGUGAGACUAGUGGGGGGAAAAGAAGGGGAGGAUUUUUUACUUUUUUUAGCAAUCGCUUUUUGACUUUUAAAAAAAAGCUUCUUGCACUUUAUAUGCAAAUAAGGCAGACACAUGAUUGAGUGCUCCUUCUGAUUUAACUUAGUCCCUCUUUAAAAGAAGCAGUCUGGCCCAGUAUUUCUCAACCUCGACAGGUUUAAGAUAUGCGGACUUCCAUUCCCAGAA